AUGUCCCAGAUUCUCAUGUCUAUUAUGUGGGCACUGGACAAGAAGAGGAGCAGGAGAUACAUGAUAGUAGAAAGGUUUUCAGAAGUGUUUAUCCAAAGUCGACCCAAAAGGCCGUAUUCUACUGGUGACUGUGUGGACUACAACUUCAACAGAGCCCGACCAAACACACUUCUGGAGGAGGAUGAAGAUAAAGAAGAGGCUUCAAGUGCAAUCAUUGAUCAUAUUAUGAAAGAGUUGAGGGGGAUCAACAAGAUCCAGGAGGAAAUAUCUGACCUCAGGGAUUACCUGACCUCGGUGCGUGGAUCUGUCGAGGAGAGCCAAUACCAAGAUGGUGACGUCACCAAGCUCCUGUGGACCAGACCUGGGGGAAGCCCCCCAUUUGGUAUCGACAGCAUGCCAGACCUCCGCCGGAGGAGGGCCAUCCCUCUUGUCAGUGAACUGGCGAUGUCCAUGAUCCAGUCCAGGAAGGCUGGACUCACCCACUGCCAGGCCACACGGACCUCACUGAAGGACCAAGACCUUAACACUCACGUUUAUAAGAAGACCCUGCAGGCUCUGAUCUACCCCAUCUCCUGCACCACACCGCACAACUUUGAGGUGUGGACAGCCACCACACCCACCUACUGUUAUGAGUGUGAGGGUCUACUGUGGGGCCUCGCCCGGCAGGGCAUGCGCUGUGCAGAGUGUGGGGUCAAAGUUCACGAAAAAUGCCAGGAGCUCCUGAAUGCUGACUGCCUGCAGAGGGCUGCGGAGAAGAGCUCCAAGACGGGGGCGGAGAACCGGACGCAACACAUCAUCAUGGCUAUGAAGGACAGAAUGAAGAUCCGCGAAAGAAACAAACCUGAGAUCUUUGAAGAAAUCCGUAAAGUGUUCAACGUGUCCAAGAUGGACCACUCUCAACACAUGAAGAUCAUCAAGCAGAACGUUCUGGAUGGCACCUCCAAGUGGUCGGCCAAGAUCACCAUCACAGUGGUUAGUGCACAGGGGCUCCAGGCCAAAGACAGGACGGGCUCCAGCGAUCCGUACGUCACCAUCCAGGUGGGGAAGACCAAGAAGAGGACAAAGACCAUCUAUGGCAACCUGAACCCGGUCUGGGAGGAGAAGUUCGACUUCGAGUGCCACAAUUCAUCAGACCGCAUCAAGCUGCGGGUUUGGGACGAAGACGACGACAUCAAAUCUCGAGUGAAGCAGCGUCUGAAGAGAGAGUCGGACGACUUCCUGGGUCAGACCAUCGUCGAGGUCCGAACACUGAGUGGAGAGAUGGACGUUUGGUACACCCUGGAGAAGAGAACUGACAAGUCGGCCGUGUCGGGUGCCGUUCGUCUUCAGAUCAGUGUGGAGAUUGAAGGAGAAGAGAACGUUGCUCCUUACCACGUUCAGUACACGUGUCUCCAUGAGAACAUGUUUCACUUCUCCAUGGACACCGAGGGGGGUGGCGUGGUGAAGAUCCCACCAGCUCAUGGAGAUGAUGCCUGGAAGGUGUACUUUGAUGAACUGCAGCAGGACAUCGUGGACGAGUUUGCCAUGCGUUACGGAGUGGAGUCCAUCUACCAGGCCAUGACACAUUUCUCUUGCCUGUCCUCCAAGUACAUGCUGCCUGAUGUGCCAGCAUUGAUGAGCACCCUGCUGGCCAACAUCAAUGCCUUCUUCGCCCACCCCACUGCCUCCACAAACGUCUCAGUUCCUGCCAGAUUUGCAGCCGCCAACUUCGGGAGGGAUCGGUUCGUGAAGCUCCUGGAUCAGCUGCACAACUCUCUGCGUAUCGACCUCUCCAUGUACAGAAAUAAUUUCCCAGCAAGCAGUAAAGCUCGUCUCAGCGACCUGAAGUCAACAGUGGAUCUUCUCACCAGCAUCACCUUCUUCAGGAUGAAGGUUCUCGAGCUUCCGAGUCCACCACGCGCAGCCAACGUGGUGCGGGACUGCAUCAAGGCCUGCCUGAACUCCACCUAUGAGUACAUCUUCAAUAACUGUCAGCAACUCUUCAACCACCAGUUCCAAUCUGCGGGCCAGGCGGUGAGCGAGCAAGGUCCGAGUGUCCAGAACCUGGACUUCUGGCCCAAACUCAUCACGCUCAUCGUUUCCAUCAUUGAGGAGGACAAGAACUCGUACACGGCUGUCAUCAACCAGUUUCCUCAGGAGCUGAAUGUGGGGAAAGUCAGCGCUGAGGUCCUGUGGACCCUCUUUGCUCAGGACAUGAAAUACGCUCUGGAGGAUCAUGAAAAGCAUCAACUCUGUAAGUCUGCUGACUACAUGAACCUGCACUUUAAAGUCAAGUGGCUGUACAACGAGUACGUGAGGGAGCUGCCGUCGUCCGCUGAUGUUGUUCCUGAAUACCCUGCGUGGUUUGUCCAGUUCGUCCUCGCCUGGUUGGCUGAGAACGAGGACGUGUCCACAGACUUCAUGCACGCAGCGCUGGACAGAGACAAGAGGGAGGGGUUCCAGCAGACGUCUGAGCACGCUCUGUUCUCCAGCUCCGUGGUGGACAUCUUCACUCAGCUCAACCAGAGCUUUGAGAUCAUCAAGAGACUGGAGUGUCCCGAUCCCACCGUGGUGGCCCAGUACAACCGACGCUUCGCCAAGACCAUCACCAAAGUUCUGCUGCAGUAUUGUGCCAUUCUGAGCAAGAGCUUUCCAACGUACUGUGAGAAGGAGAAGACGCCGUGUGUUCUAAUGAACAACAUCCAGCAGAUGAGGGUUCUGUUGGAGAAGAUGUUCGAGUCGAUGGGAGCCAAACAGAUGGACAUGGAGGCGGCAGACGUCCUCAACGAGCUGCAGGUGAAGCUCAGCACCAUCCUGGACAACUUCAGCAUCAUGUUUGCUAAAAGCUUCCAGAACCGGAUCAGCGGCUGCAUGCGUCAGAUGGCAGAGAUCCUGUCCCAGAUGAAAGGUCCACCCAACCCCAGCUCGGCUGAGGCAGACGCUGACGCUGCGCUCAGGCCCCUCAUGGAGGUUCUGGACAGAAACCUGAGCGUCUUUGCCGACGUCUGUGAGAAAACAGUGCUGAAGAGGAUCCUGAAGGAUCUGUGGAAAACUGUCCUGAGCAGCCUGGAGAAGACCGUCGUCCUUCCUCAGAGCAACGACAGCCUGGGAGCUCAGCUCCUCACAGCAGCUAAAGGACUCUCCAAUCUGAAGGGAGGAGCUGAAGCCAGAAGCCUUACACCCAAACAGUGUCUCAUAAUCGGUGCCGGGCUGGAGAACAUCAAGCAAUACUUCCACGCUGGAGGCAACGGUUUGAAGAAGGCGUUUGUUGAGAAAAGUCCUGAGCUGGCUUCGUUACGUUAUGCCCUGUCGCUGUACACCCAGAGCACCGACGCUCUGAUCAAAACGUUCGUCAUGACCCAACACUCCCAAGUCCAUGAUGGGAUGGGCGUCAGGAUCACAGGCAGUGAGAAGGUCCGACCUGAAAGAGGAUCCGGGGUGGAGAAGCCGAUCGGAGAGGCUGUGCUGCAGAUCGACACGAUGCUCGGGAAGGAGCGCAAGGUCAACGUCCGAGUCAUCGCCGUGAACGACAUGAAGUGGCAAACAUCCGGGAUGUUCCGGCCGUUCAUCGAGGUCUCCAUGGUGGGUCCAUUCCUGGCCGACAAGAAGCGCAAGUUCACCACAAAGUCCAAAAACAACAGCUGGACGGCAAAAUUCAACGAGACCUUCCAGUUCCUUCUGGGUAAUGAGUCCCCGGACUGCUACGAGCUCCAGGUGACGGUGAAGGACUACUGUUUCGGCCGGGCAGACCGGGUGGUGGGCGUGGCUGUGGUCCAGCUGCGAGACGUGGCAGACAGGAAGAGCUGCGUGUGCUGGUGUCCUCUGGGCCCACGCGUCCACACGGAUGAGACCGGAACCACAGUGAUGCGGAUCCUGUCCCAGAGGCUCGCUGACGAAGUGGCCAAGGAGUUCAUCAAGCUGAAGUCUGAAACCCGACCUAUGGAGGAGGGCAGGUGA